UGUUGGCCGCGGGCGGCUCGCGCGCACCUGCCCGCCCGGCCCACCGCCUGCGGCGCGCCCCGCGUCCUCGUCGCGCAAGUUGCGGGUCCCGGGGGCCUGGGCUGCGCGCCCGCCGGCCCCGGGGAUGGCGUCGGAGCCGCGCUGACUCCGUUCCUCCUUGGACCAAGAUGACUGAUGGAAACCUCUCCACCUCUACAAAUGGCAUAGCCUUGAUGGGCAUUCUGGAUGGUCGGCCAGGAGACCACAUUCAGAACCUGCAACACCUGAAUCUCAAGGCACCCAGAUCCCUCUCAUUGCCAGAGUCUGGGCCCAAGUUGAAACUUGGUCCUUUGGAAGAUCGGCACAGCCUAAAGUCUGUGGACUCGGGCAUUCCUACCCUAGAGAUCAGUAACCCAGAACCCGUUCCCUGCAGUGUGGUCCACGUGAAGAGGAAGCCAUCGGAGUCGGAGAUCGUCCCUGAGCGGGCUUGCCAGAGCGCAUGCCCACUACCAUCCUACACACCACCAGCUCCCAGCAGCACCGAGUGGGAGCAGAGUGUGCGGAAGUCAUCCACGUUCCCCAGGACAGGCUAUGACUCGGUGAAGCUCUAUAGCCCCACCUCGAAAGCCCUGAACCGCAGCGAUGAUGUCUCCGUCUGCAGCGUGUCUAGUCUUGGCACAGAGCUGUCAACCACGCUGUCUGUCAGCAAUGAGGACAUUUUGGACCUGGUGGUCACAAGCAGCUCCAGUGCCAUCGUGACCCUGGAGAGUGAUGAUGACCCUCAGUUUACUGAUGUCACCUUGAGCUCUGGCAAGGAAACCCGGGAGCUGUGCCAGCAGGACUGUGCUGAUGGAACUGAGGAUGGGAGUAAACUGAAAAUUUUGGGGCCACUUAGUAGCUUCUUUACCAGGAAUUUGCUUGCUAGAAAACAGAAUGCAAGACUUGACAAACAAAAUGACUUGGGAUGGAAGUUAUUUGGAAAAGUACCACUUCGAGAGAAUACUCAGAAAGAUUCAAAGAAAAUACAAAAGGAAUAUGAAGACAAGGCUGGACGACCUAGCAAGCCACCCUCUCCAAAGCAGAAUGUGAGGAAGAAUCUUGAUUUUGAGCCGCUAUCUACCACCGCACUCAUCCUGGAAGACAGACCAGCAAAUCUCCCAGCGAAGCCUGCUGAAGAAGCCCAGAAACACAGGCAGCAGUAUGAAGAGAUGGUGGUUCAGGCCAAAAAACGAGAACUGAAGGAGGCCCAGCGGAGAAGAAGGCAACUGGAGGAGCGGUGCCGCCUGGAGGAGAGUAUUGGCAACGCCGUCCUCACCUGGAACAACGAGAUUUUGCCUAACUGGGAAACAAUGUGGUGCUCUAGAAAAGUUCGAGAUUUAUGGUGGCAGGGAAUCCCUCCCAGUGUGAGAGGCAAAGUCUGGAGCUUAGCCAUUGGCAACGAAUUAAACAUCACCCAUGAACUCUUUCACAUCUGUCUUGCCCGAGCCAAGGAGAGGUGGCGGUCCUUUAGCGCUGGAGGCUCUGAAGCAGAGAAUGAAGAUGCUGGGUUUUCAGCAGCAGACAGAGAAGCCAGCUUGGAGCUUAUUAAACUGGACAUUUCUAGAACGUUUCCUAAUCUCUGCAUUUUCCAGCAAGGUGGUCCAUAUCAUGACAUGUUGCACAGUAUUUUGGGCGCUUAUACUUGUUACCGACCGGAUGUGGGUUAUGUUCAGGGCAUGUCCUUUAUAGCGGCAGUGUUGAUCUUGAACCUAGAUACUGCAGAUGCCUUCAUUGCUUUUUCUAAUCUUUUGAAUAAACCCUGUCAAAUGGCGUUUUUCCGAGUGGACCAUGGCCUUAUGUUGACGUAUUUUGCUGCAUUUGAGGUAUUCUUUGAAGAAAAUUUGCCGAAAUUAUUUGCUCAUUUUAAGAAAAACAACCUAACUCCAGACAUCUACCUAAUUGAUUGGAUUUUUACCUUGUAUAGUAAGUCUUUGCCCCUUGAUCUGGCCUGUCGCAUAUGGGAUGUGUUCUGUCGUGAUGGGGAAGGGUUUCUGUUCCGGACGGCCCUGGGCAUCCUGAAGCUGUUUGAGGACAUCCUGACCAAGAUGGACUUCAUUCACAUAGCCCAGUUCCUGACAAGGCUCCCAGAGGACCUGCCUGCAGAGGAGGUGUUUGCUUCCAUAGCAACCAUUCAGAUGCAGAGUCGAAACCGGAAGUGGGCUCAGGUAUUGACCGCACUGCAGAAAGACAGUCGGGACACGGAGAAAGGAAGCCCGUCUCUCCGACACUGAGACGACCGGCAGACUCGCGCUCGGCCCCGAAGCAAGCAGAUCUCCAGGUGGCACCUGCGUUGUUUCAGGCAGGCACACGGACCGUGGAGAGGAAUGGGCUCUUUUCAUGUUUGAUCCAAACACUGGAGUUGGCCUUAAACAAAACAAACAACUUUAAAGAAUUAAACCAAGGCUUAGCCUUAAGAAGCU